AUCUCUUAUGAUUGAAUGUUAGAACUACAAGCUCUCUCACACACACCUCCACCACUCUCCCUCCUUAAAAAAGGACUGUGAGCAACAAAGAUAAGCUUCUCAACGAAAUCAAUUUAAACCCAAGAAAGAAAGAAAAAAAAAAACCAAAGCCAUGGCUCAAACAAUGUUGCUCAUGUCUAGCAGUGUGUCUUCAAGACAUGCGGUGGAUUUGAAGUCCUCAGACCCUUUACUUCAAUUACAAGUGCAAAGACUUAGGCCCAAGUCUUUCUCUCAACUUGUGUUCAGACCACUUCCUUCAUCCUCUUCUUUUGCCUCCUCAUCAUCUCCUGCCAUUCCUACCGUGGUCGCGCUCUUCAAGUCAAAAACCAAAGCCCCUGUCAAGAAGGCAUCACCGCCGAAGCCGAAGGUUGAAGAUGGUAUCUUUGGAACCUCUGGAGGCAUUGGUUUCACAAAGCAGAAUGAGCUCUUCGUGGGUCGGGUUGCCAUGAUUGGCUUUGCUGCAUCAUUGUUGGGAGAAGCAGUUACAGGGAAAGGAAUUCUUGCACAACUGAAUCUGGAAACUGGAGUUCCGAUCUAUGAAGCCGAACCUCUCCUUCUCUUCUUCAUCCUUUUUACCCUGCUUGGAGCCAUUGGAGCCCUAGGUGACCGUGGUAGCUUCGUUGAUGACCCGCCCACUGGAAUUGAAGGGGCAGUCAUCCGUCCAGGCAAAGGAUUUAGAUCAGCCUUAGGUCUCAAGGAAGGAGGUCCUCUGUUUGGAUUCACAAAGGCAAAUGAGCUAUUUGUAGGAAGAUUGGCACAAUUGGGAUUUGCAUUCUCUCUAAUAGGAGAAAUCAUCACAGGGAAGGGAGCUCUAGCACAGUUAAACAUUGAGACUGGGGUCCCCAUUAAUGAAAUUGAACCCCUUGUGUUGCUCAAUGUUGUCUUCUUCUUCAUUGCUGCUUUGAAUCCUGGGACUGGUAAAUUUGUCACAGAUGAGGGUGAGGAAGAAUAGAGGCUUGUGAAGCUCAUAAAAAACAACUUAUUUCAAUCAUGUAUGAGAUAAUACUCUCUCUUCCUUCUCUAAUUUUCAUGUCAUGAAUUUUUUAUUUAUUUA